AUGAAAGGAGUGAUUAUCUUUACAACUAACAUAAUGAGAAGCACUGGAUUCUAUACAGAUGCCCUUGGGCUGAAAUGUCAGCAUCUUUCUGAAGUAUUUGCAGAAUUUCAUGAUGAAAAAGGAAAUAUGAUCAUGCUUAGACACACAGAUUCAAUAGCCUACUGCAACUCAGGAUUUAAUCCAGUACUUCUAUUUGAAAAAAGAAAUUUUGACGAAACACUUGCCAAUGCAAUCAAAUACGGGGCAAUAAAGGAUGGCGAGCCUGUAAAUUCUGAAAGCGGAAAAGUUGUAUAUUUAAAAUCACCUGAUGGGUACUCUUUUGCAUUAAAAGAGUUCCAGGAAGAAAUCCAAGAAGAAAAACCUCAAAAAACUGAUACAAGUCCAGUCACGGAAGAACUUCAAAAGCUAUUCCAAAAAUUAAAAAUUUAA